AUGAUGACGGAAACAACGAGUGUAUCAGGAACAACAACUCGUGCAUCAAAACCACUUGAUACAGUAUAUCCUCAUUAUUUUAAUACAUUUCAAAAUUAUUGUUGUGGACCGAAAGCUAAAUCAGCAUCAUCACCAUCAAAUAAAGAAUUUUUACCUAUUCCUGAAAGAUUUAAACAACGAGCUGAUCAAAUAUUAAGUGUUAUCAAUCAAAGUCUUAUUGAACGUCUACCAGAAUUAACACAAUAUACAAGUGUUUUACCUUAUAAAUUCUUUGAACAAGAUUCUACGACAGAUUGUCAACGAUAUUUAAUCGAUCGUACAAUGUUGAAAAUGAUGAAUGAAACUCGAGUUAUUAAUUGGAUGCCAUCAUUAAAAAAACUCUAUCCAGUUCGAACAUCAGGUAAUGGUAAUUGUCUUCUUCAUGCCGUACUUAUUGCUAUGGUUGGUGUACAUGAUUUUAAUUUAUAUUUACGUGAUCGACUUCUUCAAUUUAUGGAUAAAAAUAAAGCCGUACUUAAAGGAAGUUGGAAAAGUGAACGACUAAAAACUGAUCAAAUGUAUGGUAUACAAUCUGAACAUUCCAAACUUGAUAGUGAAUGGGAAGAAUUAUGUGAUCUUGUUCGAUAUGAUAGCUCAGAUGAUGGACAAACAGCAUCAAAUUUACAAUUUCUUGAAGCUGCACAUAUUUUUUCUAUAUCAAAUAUGCUUGCACGACCAAUUAUUAUUUUAUCUGAAGAUGUUGUACGAAAUAAACAUGGUGAAGCUAUAUCAUAUAAUGAUUUAUUUGGUAUUUAUUUACCUAUACUAUCAAAACCAAAAGAUUGUGUUCCUAUACCAAUUGUAUUAGCAUAUGAUCAAUCACAUUUUUGUCCAUUACAAACUAAUGAUUUAAAUACAGGAUCAAAAUUAGAUAAUUUUCUUCCACUUUAUCAAUCAAUUGAACAUACUCGAAAUCAAACUCUAUUACCAAUACGAUUUUUAGGUAAUGAUAAUAGUUCCGAGCAAAAUAAUAAAUUACUUCAAAGUUAUUUACGUACUAAAAGGUUAUCUUAUUAUCCGGAUACAAAUGGUACACCAUUACCUAUUCUAUGUGUUGAAUUAGGCAAUAGAGCAUUGCCCGAAAAAGAUGAUUUUUUUUUUCUUUAUUAUAAUUAUGUUAUGGAUUUUUUUGAAAUACAAAAGAAAAAAAUACAAGAAGAAGAAGAUAAACGAAGAUUUGAACAAGAAUAUUAUUCUCCUAAUCAAUCAUCAUAUGAGACAAAUCAACGAUCAGUAAUGAAAAGAGAUGAUUCAUCUCCACCACCACCAUAUUCAUCCAUAUCAACUAGAUUAAAUGAUAAUAAAAAUAUUCCUAUUUAUGAACGACGACCGUCAUAUGAUCAAGCUGUAGCUAAUGGAACAACAUAUGUAUCAUCAAAUGAUGGAAAUCGUUCGAUUAAUCAAUAUUCAGAACAACAACAACCAUUACAAAAACCACAAAAUAAUGUACAAAUAACGCAACGUACUCCAGUACUCCAUCAUAAUCAUUAUAAUAAUGGAAAACAACUAUCACUUAAAACUGAUUGGGAAUCGAAUAGUGACGAUUUGAUACUCAAUGGUAAAAACAUAAGCAAUAGUAAUAAUCAUUCACGAGGAAAUGAUUCCAAAUUGAAACAAGAACAACAACACCAAAAUUUAGUUCGAAUUCCUGUUAAUGUUGUAAAAUCCGACUCAUCACCAACGAAUUUGAUCGAUUUCGAACAAAAAACAGAUAAAAUUCGUCCAUGUAUUGUUUGCAAACGUAAUUUUAAUGAUUUAUUAUCAACUGCUUUAUGUUCUGAAUGUGAUUAUAAUAAAAAACAUCUUCUUCCACGUCAUGUUGUUACUUUACGACCUUCACCAAUGAAUAUAUAUCCAACAUUAUAUAAAACCUCUGAUUUUAUUACCCCAUUACCAUCAUCACCGAAAAUAAAAGGUCCACUGAAAGUUAUCUGUCAAUAUUGUCGUUCUCUAAAUCUGUUAAAUGAUAUUAAAAAUGGAACGAAUCAUUCUUGUUCAAUAUGUAAAGCUACUCUGUAUGUUUCACGUUAA